AUGCCAUUAGAUUUUAGUUUCAAAUCAUUAUCGACUUGUAAAACAGAAUCAUUAUCAAAUCAUCAAGUAUCUGAAUCUUUGAAUUACGAUGACAAGCAAUCAGAAGAUGACGUCGUUGAUGACAACAAUUUUUUUGCUUCCGCGAAUAUCGCAAAUAAAUUAUUAGCUCUAGAGUACGAAUUAACUAAAAGAAUUGAACUGAUAACUUUUGAUCCACCGGUCGAGUACGUCUACAGUCCCAUUGAUUACGCGAUAUCUGUCCAUUCAAAUUUCCUACAGAAAUACUGCCAGACAACUAAGAAAAUUCUGUUUCUUGCAAUGAAUCCUGGACCCUGGGGAAUGUCGCAGACUGGGAUACCCUUUGGUGAAAUAAAUGCGGUGGUAAACUGGCUCAAACUUUCGGGUUUCAUUGAAAAGCCUUUGAGAGAACAACCGAAUAGAAAAGUAACCGGGUUCGCUUGUCAUCGGAGUGAAAUAAGUGGCCGUAGAUUUUGGAAUUUAUUCAAAAGUAUUAGUGGUAGUCCGGAUAAUUUUUUUAAAUAUUCUUUUCUUCGUAAUUAUUGUCCCGUAGCUCUGAUGGAUUCUGCUGGUCGGAAUAUAUCUCCUGCAGAGCUGAAGGGAUCAAAACUAAAAGAACUGAGAGAUAUUUGUGAUUUAACUUUGCUGGCAGUCUUGAAGCUUUUGGAAGUCGAGAAAAUAGUAGGGAUUGGAAGAUUUGCUGAGCAGAGGGCAAAAAAUAUUGUAAAAACUGCUGGUUUGCCUAUCAGAAUUUUUUGGAUGCCGCAUCCGAGUCCUAGGUCAACUGCCAAUGAAAACUGGAGCGAGAAAGCCAUCAAGACAUUGAACGAACUAGAUUUACUUAAAUAUUUUGUUGAAUCAGCGACUGAGAAUCUGACGGACUGA